AGGAUGCCAGCCCCCAUCAGAUUGCGGGAGCUGAUCCGGACCAUCCGGACAGCCCGAACCCAAGCUGAAGAGCGAGAAAUGAUCCAGAAAGAAUGUGCUGCAAUUCGGUCAUCUUUUAGAGAAGAAGACAAUACAUACCGGUGUCGGAAUGUGGCAAAAUUACUAUAUAUGCACAUGCUGGGCUAUCCUGCUCACUUUGGACAGUUGGAGUGCCUCAAGCUUAUCGCCUCUCAGAAAUUUACAGACAAGCGCAUUGGCUAUUUAGGGGCAAUGCUGCUGUUAGAUGAAAGACAAGAUGUCCAUCUUCUCAUGACCAACUGUAUCAAGAAUGAUCUUAAUCACAGCACGCAAUUUGUACAGGGGCUAGCCCUUUGUACCCUUGGUUGCAUGGGCUCCUCAGAGAUGUGCAGAGAUCUUGCGGGAGAAGUAGAGAAGCUCCUGAAAACCUCCAACUCUUAUUUAAGAAAAAAGGCAGCACUAUGUGCUGUUCAUGUCAUCAGGAAGGUUCCUGAACUUAUGGAGAUGUUUUUACCAGCAACAAAAAAUUUAUUGAAUGAGAAGAACCAUGGUGUCCUUCACACAUCUGUAGUCCUCCUCACAGAAAUGUGUGAGCGAAGCCCAGACAUGCUUGCACAUUUUAGAAAGAAUGAAAAGCUUGUACCCCAAUUAGUUCGUAUUCUAAAGAACCUCAUCAUGUCUGGAUAUUCACCAGAACACGAUGUUUCUGGCAUCAGUGACCCUUUUUUGCAGGUACGAAUUUUGCGGUUAUUAAGAAUUUUAGGACGAAAUGAUGAUGACUCAAGUGAAGCUAUGAACGAUAUAUUAGCACAGGUUGCCACUAAUACAGAGACUAGUAAAAAUGUAGGAAAUGCUAUUCUUUAUGAAACAGUUUUGACUAUCAUGGAUAUUAAGUCAGAAAGUGGACUGAGGGUCUUAGCCAUAAAUAUCCUGGGUCGCUUCUUAUUGAACAAUGACAAGAAUAUUAGAUAUGUAGCUCUGACAUCUUUGUUGAAGACUGUGCAGACAGAUCAUAAUGCAGUACAGAGACACAGAAGCACAAUCGUGGACUGUCUAAAAGAUUUGGAUGUCUCAAUAAAACGGCGUGCAAUGGAAUUGAGUUUUGCCCUGGUAAACGGGAAUAAUAUCCGAGGCAUGAUGAAAGAAUUACUUUAUUUUCUGGAUUCCUGUGAGCCAGAAUUUAAAGCAGACUGUGCAUCUGGAAUCUUUCUUGCUGCAGAAAAGUAUGCACCUUCCAAACGGUGGCACAUAGACACUAUUAUGCGUGUUCUGACAACGGCAGGAAGUUACGUUCGAGAUGAUGCUGUCCCCAAUUUGAUCCAGUUAAUAACCAAUAGCGUGGAGAUGCAUGCCUAUACUGUCCAGCGCUUGUACAAAGCAAUUCUUGGUGAUUAUUCUCAACAACCUUUGGUACAAGUAGCUGCAUGGUGUAUAGGUGAAUAUGGUGAUCUUCUUGUAUCUGGCCAGUGUGAGGAGGAAGAGCCUAUUCAGGUAACAGAGGAUGAAGUGUUGGAUAUUUUAGAAAGUGUCCUAAUCUCUAAUAUGAGCACCUCUGUGACACGAGGUUAUGCUCUCACUGCCAUUAUGAAGCUUUCUACUCGAUUCACGUGUACUGUAAACCGAAUUAAGAAAGUGGUUUCUAUCUAUGGAAGCAGCAUUGAUGUGGAACUCCAGCAGAGGGCAGUAGAAUAUAAUGCACUUUUUAAGAAGUACGACCACAUGAGGUCUGCCCUCCUUGAAAGAAUGCCUGUCAUGGAAAAAGUGACCACAAAUGGCCCUACUGAGAUUGUACAGACAAAUGGAGAGACAGAACCUGCUCCACUAGAGACCAAACCACCACCCUCUGGCCCACAGCCCACCAGCCAGGCCAAUGAUUUAUUGGAUUUGUUGGGAGGAAAUGACAUAACACCUGUUAUUCCAACUGCACCUACAAGCAAACCAGCUUCUGCUGGUGGAGAACUUCUUGAUUUGCUGGGAGACAUCAACCUUACAGGUGCUCCAGCUGCUGCUCCCGCUCCUGCCUCAGUCCCACAGAUAUCCCAGCCCCCCUUCUUGUUGGAUGGGCUUUCGUCACAGCCUCUCUUUAAUGACAUCGCUGCAGGCAUCCCCUCCAUCACAGCAUACAGUAAGAAUGGCUUGAAGAUAGAAUUCACCUUUGAACGGUCAAACACCAACCCCAGUGUCACAGUGAUAACGAUACAGGCCUCUAACAGCACGGAGCUAGAUAUGACAGACUUUGUUUUCCAGGCUGCAGUACCAAAGACGUUCCAGCUGCAGCUCCUGUCUCCCAGCAGCAGCAUUGUCCCAGCAUUUAACACAGGGACCAUCACACAGGUCAUUAAAGUCCUGAACCCACAGAAGCAACAGCUGCGAAUGCGGAUCAAGCUCACGUAUAAUCACAAGGGCUCAGCAAUGCAAGAUCUAGCAGAAGUGAACAACUUUCCCCCUCAGUCCUGGCAAUGAGGGUCUGGCACCAUACUCAUUCUUACCCCACUCAAUCAAAGGAACUCUGGGAAGGAGGUUGUGAUUGCUGGCAAGUCCCCCCCAACUGUACCAUGGGCAUGAGGAGCUGAAGAGAACUGUUGAGGAGGAUUUUCCUAAAGUUAUUGCUGACCUUGAUGCAUUGGUAAAGACUAAUGUCCUCUCCUCCACUGUCGAGGCUGGCUGCUUUUGGAGGCUACUUUGCACUCUUCCUCUUCUCCCUUUUCCGCACUUCUCCACCCCUCCUACAUUUACAGCCAGAAUCAACAUUCCCUGGGCUCUUGAGGAAAUAAGCAGCUGGUCUGGAGGAGAGGACUGGAAUUCAUGGCAAGAAAACACUCACCCCGUCUCUGCAGCCAAGAGUUGCCCCUUCUUUCUACUGUUGUUUCUCUGUGGACUGGGCAAGGUGGGGUAUUUAUUCCUCACUAGCUGAGUUCCCAUCUUCAGGCGCUUUUACAUCUGGCAUUUGGAAUGGAAAUGUAACAGUGGACAUUAGGGAGCCCUGCCUUUUUCUACUGGUUUCCCAAUGUUUGAAAGAGGCAUUAGGCUCCUGGUAGCCUUUUCUGUGCAUUGCUGUAUACACACAGACACACACAUGUAUGUAUGUUUGUUACCAAGAACUGGUCAGACUUUGAAGAGGUUAUUUGUAAACACUGGACAGAAGAUGCAGUUAAAAAGAGUUUUUGUUGAGAUUUGGCAUGAAGGAUAUGGUGCUCUAUUUGUAAUAGAAACUUCCAAGGCUCUUCCAGCUCCCCUUUCUCUCCAUUCUUUAGCUGUAGUCAUGAAUCCUCUCCCUGAUUUUCCAAAUCGAUCCCCUUGAAGGUAUAAAGGGGACACCUUCUAAAAGAUAAAUUGGUAGUUAUUAAUAACCCUGUUCCCACCACAGAUUUUAAAGUUUCUUCCUAAGCCUGUAACUUGCCUGUUUGAACUGUGGUAAAUGGGUGGAAAGAAGAGUUCCCCAGUUUUAAAGAUCCGACUCCUUAAUAAAAGCACCUUUGCACAUAGGAAGAGUGAGUUUCAGACUCAUCCUGGAGCAUUUUGGAGUCAUCUUAUCCAUUACUCCAACCUCCCUUUUUUAUUUCCUGAGCCUGGCUUGGACCUUGGCAUUCCGUUUGAAUUCCUUCUUCUAACUGGAACAUUGUGUUGUAUCUGUAACACUGGCACUGAAAUAAAGACCACACGGUUAAAGAAA